CACUAAUUUAGUGAAGCAAUUACGAUAAGUUUUAUAUUUUUUAUAUGAUAAUAGUAAUAAAUAAUGUAAAAUAACUAAGUUUAUGUGUUGUGUGUGUAUACUUACUGUUUUAAUUAAUAUGAACUUUGAAAGUUUGACAUAAAGAAUAAUAUCUAAGUUAAGGUCUUGUUAUGGCGUUACCUCAAUCUAAUGCUCAACAAGAUACUCGUAAAAUUCUGGAAGAGCUGCAACAGAAAAAACAGCAAUUACUUAAAGGAGGUGCUCCUAGUUUGACCACAAGCAUAUCAACAUCUAAUUUGUUAACCUCACAGAGCAUUCUGGCUGGAAAUGAUACGCAUAUGAUUAAUGCUACCCAACGUGUUGCUCUGAGAAACGCUAAUUCUACUUCUUUUGGCUAUUUUGUUACCACCGACUCAUCUUUUGGUAACCAAAUUCUUCCCGUAUUGCCUAGAAUUGAUAGUUUUACUAUGUCUGCUUGUAUGAAACUACGUGAACUUGAAGAGUGGUUGCAAGAUUGUGAUGUUUUUGAAAAACCAAAAAUUCUGUUAGAGCAAUAUCCAACACAGCCCCACAUUGCCAGUCAUAUGCUUCAUGCUAUUCAGUCUCAAUAUGAAGAUAUUGAAGGAAAACUGGUUGCUGAUUUAGGAAGUGGUUGUGGUUCUUUAUCAAUUGGUUGUUGCCUAUUGCAAGCAUCGUUAACUGUAGGAUUUGAAAUUGAUCCUGAUGCUAUAACCAUACAUUUGAAUAAUGCUAAUGAGAUGGAAAUUGAGAAUUAUGAGAUAAUUAAUUGUGAUGUAUUAUCAGGUCUUGGUGAGCGGUGGAAUUCUCUUUUUGACACUGUAGUUCUAAAUCCCCCAUUCGGUACAAAACAUAAUGCUGGAAUUGAUAUGAAGUUUCUUCAGACUGCGCUAAGAAUUUCGAAAGCAUCUGUCUAUUCCUUACAUAAAACUUCAACAAGGGCACAUAUAUUAAAAAAAGCUAGAGAGUGGAAUGUGGAAGCUAAAGUAAUAGCUCAGCUUAGAUAUGACUUACCAUCUACAUAUCGUUUUCACAAAAAAACAUCAGUAGAUAUUGAUGUUGACUUAAUACAAUUUAAAAAAUAGUUAAAGAAUUUUGUAUUUUAGUAACAAUUUUGUUC